UAUGGGUAACAAAAUAAUACCUACUCGAAGAUCUUCAAUUGCUUCUGAUAUAUCUAAGGGAAGUACAGUGGAUAUCAAAUCAGGAUUUUGUAAUGCUGAUCCUAUUACAAAAAAAGGCAAGCAAAUUCAAACUGUACAAAUGCUUGUUAUUCCUCUUAUACCAAUCGUUAUACUUCUUGGACAAGCAAUUAUUUGUUUAGCGCGCUCUAUUAGUGCAAAAAAUUUUACGGAAAAGGCUUAUGAAGAAACUUUGGUGGUAAUAGAAUAUGGUAACACUAUUGAUUCUAUAACUAAGGAAAAAGACUUAGUAAUUGAAUACUUGGACGGUCACGUAAGCAAGGGGAAUUUAACAUCUAGAUUUGAGAUUACCACUAAGGUGAUGUCGAAAAUUACCAUCUGGUCUCUAAAAGGUAUAUAUGAGGACAGGCUAGCAGUUCGGAGCCAGCUACAACAAGUGCAUUUCGUUAUUAUGAAUGGUAGCCUUUCAAAGGAACAAGUCUUCGUAUUUUAUGACGAUUUAGUAAAUGAAUUUUCGAUUGCAAUAACUAUUUUAUCCAAAAAUGUUGAUAACACGAAAAUUUGGAGGGAUCUUCUAUCCUAUAAAUUCUUAAUUAAAAUGCAAAAGAAUUUUGACAUUGCUCUCUAUUUUGGUAAGCAGUCGUUCUUUAAUAGAUCAGACACAUAUUUCGUUCAAAACUACAUAAAAUAUAAUUUUUUGGCGUUCAGUCAAGUUGAGGUUAGUAAAGAAAUUUCUAGCAUAUUAACGGCAGAAAUUGAAAAACAUAAUUUAAUGGAAAAAGAGUUAAUGGAUGAAAUAAUGUACUUUAAUGUGAAAAUGAGCAAUGAGACUAGCAUUAUUAGCUAUGAAGAAUUUCUGAAAUGGAAAAAAAAUGUGAAAGAAGUUUUGAUUGGAAUUGAAAAACUUACACAAACGAUCAGAGAUUAUAUCUUAAAAGUUUCCAAAGAUGCGAAAUCAAAUAACAAUGUUCAGUUGGGAGGUGUUAGCUUUCUCUUUGCUAUAGUAUUACUUUUAGGUCCGAUAGUCAUCAUUUUGAUAGACAAGAUAACAGCCACAAUUCACAAUUACGCCUUGGGCUUGUCAGGCAAAACAAAAGAAUUACGAAUGGAAAAGAAGAGAUCUGAUGAACUUCUGUAUCAGAUGCUUCCUAAGUCUGUUGCUCUCCAGUUAAAAUUAUCUAAAAGGGUUUCAGCUGAAAGUUUUAAUUCUGUUACAAUAUAUUUUUCUGACAUUGUUGGUUUUACUUCUAUCUCAGCUAAAAGUUCUCCCAUGCAGGUUAUCCAGUUUUUGAAUAGUCUUUACUAUUUCUUCGAUACCGCAAUCGAUAGAUAUGAUGCAUACAAAGUGGAGACAAUUGGAGAUGCUUAUAUGAAUGUUAAAAUUUGUGACAUCCGACUUAUAAGAAAGAGGCAUGUAUCUGAAAUUAGCUCUUUAUCUUUGGAUCUUUUAAAUGGUAUAAAAGAGUUUGAUAUUCAGCAUCUACCUGAAGAGACUUUGAGGCUUCGAAUUGGAAUACAUACAGGUCCAGUUGUUGCUGGAGUUGUCGGAUCUAAAAUGCCGAGAUAUUGUUUGUUUGGUGAUACAGUUAAUAUUGCUAACAUCAUGGAGGCUACAGGAGUACCAAUGAAAAUUCAUAUCAGUGAGGAUACGAUGAAGUGUCUAGAGAGUUUUGGGGGAUAUCUAACAGAAGAACGAUCAGAAAGGGAGAUACCAGGAAAGGGAAGGAUGAUGACCCACUUUUUAAAAGGUAAAAUGGAUACGAGAUCAAGCAAAAAUAGAGGAAUAAUAUCAGCGACGCGAUCGAAGAACCGUGAAACACCUCUAACUGAAGUAGUUUUAAGUAACGGUCGCACUAUUGACAAUUAA